AUGCCUUCACGCUAUGCCGUUGUGUCCCUGCCCCUCGGCGUCUUCGACUCUAGCAGUAAAGCCGAUGCCAUCUCGUCUCUAAGCGCCUCCAUUUCGCCAGACAAUGGCUCUGUCAACUCCUUCAACAUCCCCGAUUUCAAGAUUGGCACCCUUGACGCCCUAGUUCAGCAAGCCGAUGAUCUAGCCAAGCUCGAGACGACAUGUCAAUCCGUCGUCACCAAAGUCGGCGAGUCGCUCCGAUCUGUUCUAGACAAUGAUGAAGAGCGCCUAGCUUCUUACAAAAUGGUCAAUGACAAAGGUAUCAUCAUCUGUUGUGUUGAGAAACAAGACAAUUUGGCUGAAUUGUCCUUCCCACAGGAACUGGUAACGGUGGACAAUGACGUCAAAACCAAGUUUAGCCAGUACAACACUGUCAAAUCGAACCUUGCUGCUUUGCAGCGGCGCCAGACAGGAAAUCUCGCAACCAAGUCAUUGACUCCCAUCGUUAACCCGAAGCUCCUCAUUAAAGAUUCCGAAUACAUUGAAACACAUCUUAUCGCCGUGCCAACCAACUCCAAGAAGGAAUUCGUCAAAACCUAUGAGACGCUAUCUCCUAUGGUCGUGCCCCGAUCUUCUGUAGAAGUUGAUCACGACGACGAGUUCACGCUUUUCGCAGUCGCCACUUUCAAGAAAUAUAGCACAGAAUUUAUUCACAAAUGUCGAGAGCAAAAGUGGACUCCACGUCAAUAUACCUAUGUGGAAGGUGGGCGAGAGGAGGAGCAGCGUGAGUUGGACCGGGUGACCAAUGAGGAGCGCAAGGUUUGUGGUGAGGCUCUUCGCAUCGGGCGAACAGGGUGGAGCGAAAGUGUCAUGGUCUGGAUUCACGUCUUAACAUUGAGAGUCUUUGUUGAGGCCGUAUUGCGAUACGGUUUGCCGCUUGAAUAUGUCACUGCAUUGGUGAAGACCACUCCCAAGCUGGCACCCAAGGUUAAGGCAGCGCUUGACUCUAAGUACUCAUACCUGGGAGGCAAUGCUUUCGGCCGCGACAAGCGCGGCAGGGUCACCAAAGAUGACGCGGCCAUGUCCUCGGAGAUGGCGGCGGCAGGUCUUGGAACUGGUGAAGGACACGAGUAUACAGCCUACGUUUAUUAUGAGUUGGAAUUCCCGUGA